AUGGAGAACAGCAGCAGCAGCAACAACAUGGUUACAGAUUUACAGCAAUCACAACAACAACAACUAACAGAGCUAAUACAAUCUCUCGAACAAGCUGCUUUAAUGGCGAAACAACUUCCAGCAACCUCCGACCCCGAUCACCACCGCCUUAUCUUCUCUUCUCUCUCCUCCGCUCAACUUUCUCUCUCCUCCUUCCUCAAUGUUUACAGCAACAGUAUCGCCGACAAUUCCGUCUCCUCCGCCGCCGUCGCCGGCGAUGAGCCGAUGGUUGCUGCCUACGACGGCGACGAUGAGCAGAACUCGAAGGAUUCAUCGAUGGAAAGAGUGGAAGAGAAACUAAGAGACAUGCUUUACAUUCAGAAUAAGCGGCUAAAGCGACCGCUUUCGCCUUCGUCUAUUGCCGCCGUAGAAAGACGGCAUUUGGAGGAUAGAGAAAUAGUUGAAGUUCCUGGUGAUUUUGAUCCUGUUGCUAUUCGGUUGAGGAAUUUGGACCUUGUUUAUCAGUUUCAUGGCUAA